UUAUGUAUAGGGUUGGGUGGACCCAGCUGCGCCCGCUAAGCCUGAGACUCGAGCCUUGGGGUUCCGCUUCCUUCCCCAAAACAGGACGGGAGGAAAAUAGGAAGUCCGAGACGAGGCUUGCGGAGAACCCAGAUAACCCAGAUCAAAAUGGUGCUUUGCGGCCGAAGACGAUGAGCGUGAAAUCCUACCUCUUUUUAUCGUGUGUCCUCUUCUCGAAGAAAUCAUGAAUCAUGCGAUACGAGCCACGGUCUUGGGACCUCGCCCCGCUUCUCCUUCGACCAUAUCCGUCUCCUUCUUCCAUUCCACUCCCAUUUUGGAGCGCAAAAGGAGGACGAACUGGCACUCUGUGUAUGACUCCAUUGUCUGCUUCGUUAUAUCUCCACAAGAAUACUUUCCAAGAUAUCCUAUUUGGAUUGUUGUAAGGAGAUUCAAUUAUUAUGCAAAACGAAGGAGAAAAAUAGAAUCAAAAAGGACAUUACUGCGCAAUAUUUCAGAUUACGCAGAAUACCUUUUUGAGAGCUGGCGAGAUGAAGAUGAACGAAACACAACAAAUGAUGGAGCCCCAUGGUUUAGAAGGCACUAUUCAGCCAGGGGAACAAAGAAAAGUGGUUUCCAUGUACAUGAACCUCGAUGGGAAGAUUACAGAACCAAGAGAAGAGGUGCAUUUGUAUUUUGUUCGACCGAUGAUGAUGAUGAUGAAGUUGAAACCAUAUUCCGGUCUGCAUUCGGAGGGGCAAGAUACUCUUAUUGGUCUUUCAGUGGUUUUGAAAAUUUUCAAUGGAGGAACUCUUCCAGCCAUGCUCACAGUAAAAGCUCUCGGAACUGGAGUUAUGAAUCAGAUGAUGAAACUGAUACUUCCCUAGAGUCAGAACUAGCUUCUGAACGGUUAGCUCUUGGGUUGAGUGCAUCUGGGCCAUUAAAACUUGAAGAAGUUAAAAAUGCGUAUCGAGCCUGUGCCUUAAGAUGGCAUCCUGAUCGUCACCAAGGUGCAUCAAAGGUAGCAGCAGAGGAGAAAUUCAAGCAUUGCAGUGCAGCGUACAAGAUAUUAUGUGAUAGAUUGGCUGUGAGCUAAGGAGUUUAAGGCAUGAGAAUCAAGAGGGUCCAUCUGCAGUUUUGUAACCAUAAUUUAUUAAAGGAAAAGCUUUACCAAAGUUCUUUGUUAAAUUAGCUUAUUCAAGCAUGAAUUCCCGAGCUAUAAGAUGCGUCUUCAAACAGUUAAAUGUAUCUUAUACAGGAAAAAAACAAUUAAAUGUAUCAUUUAAAAGAAUUGAUAUCUUUAACAAACUUAAAAAUUGAUAGCAUAUCUAUAGCCGUCCAUCAGUGCAA